AUGACGAAAAGGAAAGUAAGAUACUUAGGAUCUCUGAGGAAGAAGAAGGAAAGAGGAGAGGAAAAAGGAAUAAAUGAGAGAGAAGAAGAAAGCAUAUUCGGCUUUAUAAGGGAAGCGGGUCCGCCGUCAAUAAUAUUUUCUCAACGCCUAACCGCUAUGACUGCUCACUUGGCUCUUGCGGUUUUAUUCUUAUCUUCUUCUCCACCUCACCGGCUCCUUGUGCGCCGCUUUUUUUCAUUCUUCCUCUCGCUGGAUCUUUGUUUUUGGACUCUUUGA